AUGGGAGGCUACCUGUCAACUUUCUCUCGACUCGUAUGGGCAAAAAAAGAGAUUAGGAUAUUGAUUCUGGGCCUGGAUAAUGCUGGAAAGACAACUCUUCUCUAUAGACUUAAGAUUGGCGAGGUCGUUACGACUAUUCCAACAAUAGGUUUCAAUGUCGAGUCGGUCAACUACAAAAACCUCAACUUCAAUGUCUGGGAUCUGGGAGGCCAGACAUCUAUCCGCCCGUAUUGGAGAUGCUACUAUGCCAACACAGCCGCCGUGAUUUUCGUCAUCGACUCGACUGACGUUGACCGACUCGCGACCGCUGCCGAUGAGCUUUCUGCCAUGUUGAAUGAGGAGGAAUUGCGGGAUGCUGCCUUAUUGGUCUUUGCAAAUAAGCAGGACCAACCCGGUGCCAAGGGAGCUGGUGAUAUCAGUGAAGCCCUUCGCCUGGGCGAACUCAAGGAUAGGAACUGGACCAUCGUUGCGUGUAGUGCCAUCGACGGCAGGGGAGUCUCGGAGGGCAUGGAUUGGAUGGUCGUAAGUCUCACUUCGUCGCCGCUGGUGCUACCAAUAUUGUGGCUCGCGUGA